AUGGGUGUGGGUGGAACUGCAGAUUUUUUCUACAAGGAGGCUCAACGGCUAAGCUACGUGGCUCCCUCCGCCUUCAAACUUCUUCAGAUUCAGGUUUGCACUCCCGAUCUCGAUCGUGGUGCCACCGUUCUCGACCUCGGUUGCGUUCUCGGAAGGUGGCUCAAGGUGGCUUGUCAGAGCUUAGGACCCUUCCACGGAAGAGGCUCCGUCCUCGGCGUCGACACCAAAAAAGUCAAGGUUCUCUUGCAAGUUUCGAUUCUAGGGUUUAGACCAUCCCUUGCCGGUUUUGAUUUCUGGAUGACGCUUUGUAGGUUGAAAAUUGUUGAUGAGGAUGAAUGGAGGUUGCGCGAAGUGAGGUUGGGGGAAACAAUUUGA